CCCACCGUCACCGACCGCCGCGCCACGAUUUUAUCCAUUCCUCACUCGUCUCUCAAACUCAAGCGAAAGCCAUCACCCCGACCCCAAUCCCACGUUCGCCACGUGCGCGCCACCUCCCCCACCGCGUCCGCGUCGCCGGCCAUACUCCAUCGCGAACGAGAUCACGGGCUGGUUUCGCGGGCCGACCAUGGGGACGCUCAUCCGGCCGGGGCCCGCCGCGUCGCCUCUCCCCAUCGCUUCCCCCUCCUCCUCAUCCGCCCACGUGGCUGUCGUUGGCGGUGGCGCGAGGAGCUUGCGGCAUCGGGUGUCGGUGUCGGUGGCGGUGUUCCGGUCCCCGAGUACGCAGGUUCUGGCGACGAGAUGGCGCCGCCGGAGAGGUAUGGUUGUGCGGUCGGAUGUCGUCGCCGGUGGCGCAGCCGCCGCGGCAGCUGGGGAUUCGACGCGGGCGCUCCCAGGUCAGCAAUUGGCUUCAAGAGUCAGAGGGGUUUGCUUCUAUUUGGUGACUGCAGUUGCAGCAAUCUUUUUGUUUGUAGCUAUGGUUGUGGUUCAUCCACUUGUGUUGCUAUUUGACCGGUACCGUAGGAGAGCACAGCACUACAUCGCAAAGAUUUGGGCUACGGUGACAAUCUCCAUGUUCUACAAUCUUGAGGUCGAAGGAAUGGAGAAUCUGCCUCCAAAUAGCUGUCCUGGUGUCUAUGUUGCUAACCAUCAGAGCUUCUUGGAUAUUUAUACCCUUCUAACUCUAGGGAGGUGCUUCAAAUUUAUAAGCAAGACCAGCAUCUUUAUGUUCCCUAUUAUAGGGUGGGCAAUGUAUCUCUUGGGUGUGAUUCCUCUGCGGCGUAUGGACAGCAGGAGCCAGUUGGAUUGUCUCAAACGGUGUGUGGACUUGGUAGGAAAAGGAGCUUCUGUAUUUUUCUUUCCGGAGGGUACUCGAAGUAGAGAUGGCAAGUUAGGUGUAUUUAAGCGUGGCGCAUUCAGUGUCGCCGCAAAGACAGGAGCUCCUGUGAUAGCUAUUACUCUUAUCGGAACUGGGAAAUUGAUGCCUUCUGGAAUGGAAGGAAUUCUCAAUUCAGGUUCGGUAAAGGUGAUUAUUCACCGACCUAUUCAAGGCAAUGAUGCAGAAACAUUAUGUUCCGAAGCAAGGAAUGUGAUAGCAGACACUCUUCUUCUGCAUGGUUAUGGAGCCCAUUAAAGCAAGUGGGGUGCUUUGGUCUGUUUUUUCUUCUGAACGAGUGCUUUGGUCUAUUCUUUAGUGGACUUUUCAGAGCACAAGACUUGAGAGUUGAGACAAAGCUCGUUGCAGAUGUAAUCCUGUAAAGGCAAGAGGGAGGAAAAUGGCGUGAAUUGGCGGUUGUAACAUGUGGUCUUCAAUUUGUUGUAAACCCUACUUAUUUUUGUUGGUUUGAUAGUACAAAGAAAUGUAAAAGGCAGAGGCCAUCUUCAUUGGAUGGAAAAUGAAGCUCACGUGAUAUUUUGCCAUUUUGGCCUAGUUUGUGAACCCUAUUUUCUCAGGAAAAAAAACUAAAUUUUCAUAGAAAAAUGGAAAUCGUGUAUGAUAAGUAUGAAAAUGAGGUUUUC